AUGUCAGAUAGCCGAGUAAGGAAAUUUACAGUAAAAGGCAAAGCAAUGUUUGACGAACAAAGUGAAAAACUAAAGGACAAAGUUGACAAUGUAUGGUCUAAGUUAGAGGAUUUAUUUGUUACUCUGCUAUCCUGUCAGAUGUUAAAGGAUUAUAGAAAUUUAGAGAAAAAUGUUAAUGCAAAUUUCAAAGAAUUUUGUCGUCGUUCAGAAGAGUAUAAACAAUAUUUACAAAGGACAAAUACUGAAGAAUCCAGAAAAGUGUUGCACGAUCACAAUGAAUUAUUUGAUAGUUGUAUUAGCGUCGUCAGAAGAGUUAGUAACGAUAUUAAGAAAAAGAAACUUGAAUUAGUUGAAGAAUUAUCGGAAGUGAGUGGAUCAACUGUUGGGUCAUCAGCGAGUCACAAAAGAGCAAAAGCAGAGGCAGAAAAGGUUCGUUUAGAAUAUAUUAAAAGAGAAAGUGAACUGUUAAAACAAAAAGCAGAUAUAGAAGCAAGUAUGAGCGUUGUAAAACAAGAAGGAAUAGUUGAAGCAGCAGAGGUAGAGGCCAGAAUUUUGGAAGAUCAAGAUCAAGAAUUGCCGAUGGUGUUAGAGGACAAACAUGACAAGGUUAGCAAGUACGUAGACACAUUACCAAGUUAUAGUGCAAAUCAAUGGACAAAUGGUGUUGGCUUUUCUGACAAUCAGCCAUAUGUUUCAGUGACGGCUCCGUUUGCUCCUCAAUACAAUAAUCUUCCUCCUGUAUCAUCUGAAUUAUUAUCCAUGAUGCAACCGAUUUCGGCUACAAUGUUAAGUCAACCGAUUUCCGCUACAGCGUUAAAUCAACCGAUUUCCGCUACAGUGUCAAGUCAACCGAUUUCCGCUACAGUGUUAAGUCAACCGAUUUAUGCUACAGUGCCAAGUCAACCGAUUUAUACUGCAGUAUCUAGUCAACCAUCACAUUUUCAAUCAAAUGCUACCAACUAUCAACAACCUCAACCUAUGUCUUACUUACCACCACAUAAUCCGUACGUAAGUGUCAUGUCUGAUGUUACAAAAGUCAUGCUACGGAAAGAUUUUCUGUUGACACGUUUUAUGAACUUUGAUGACACACCCGAAUCUUUUGCUUCCUGGCGAGCAUCUUUUCAGAGUAUAACUGGUGAACUCUGUGUUUCUCCAUUCGAGGAAAUGGAUUUGUUAAUAAAAUGGCUAGGUCCGGAGUCCUCGACAUUUGCCAAGAGUCUAAGAGCUUCAAAUGCACACGAUCCAUCCAGAGGUUUAAACCGCAUUUGGGAUCGAUUACAGGAACGAUAUGGUCGACCGGAAAUGGUAGAAAAUGCUUUGAAGAAAAAAUUGAAUUAUUUUCCGAUUAUCACAAACAAUAACAGUUCGAAACUCUACGAUCUCCUUGACAUACUUAGUGAAAUAGAGUCCGCAAUGGCGAACCCGAUGUAUUCAACACUGUUAAGCUACUUUAAUUCUUCGUCAGGUGUUUCUCCGAUUGUAUCAAAGCUUUCUUAUUCCCUGCAAGAGAAAUGGACAACACAAGCGUCAAAUUACAAGAAAAAACAUUCAGUGCCGUAUCCGCCAUUUUCCUUCUUUAUUAAUUUCAUCAGAGAUAUGUGUCAAAUUCACAAUGAUUCUGCUUUUAGUUAUUCAAAUUCUAGCACUUCUAGCAAUACAAAGCGUUCUUCAAAUCCAGUUCUUACUAGGAAAGUUGAGGUUUCAGCUCAGAGUAACACUCGUGUAUAUGAUAGCAAUAAUCGUUGUCCGAUACAUAAAGCUGGACAUACUUUAAGUGAGUGUCGCGGUUUCCAAAAGCGAUCAUUUCAGGAUCGUCAGCGUUUUCUCCGUGAAAAGAAAAUAUGUUUCCGUUGUUGUCAAUCAAAUGACCAUAUAUCAAGGAACUGCAAUGUCAAUGUUAAAUGUUCAAUUUGCGGAAACAAUCGCCAUGUUUCAUCUAUGCACAUAGAUCGUCCACCCACAACCGACAAAAUCAGUACACCAAAAACUGAUGAAGACAAUGGCGGGGAGUUAUCUACAGAAACAGUAUCAGCAAUAUGUACAAGAUUGUGUGGAAAUAUGCGUGUCGGCCGUUCGUGUGGGAAAACAGUUUUAGUGGAUGUUUUCUCUGGAACUCCUCCUGAACAGUCUGUUCGUGUCUACGCAAUUAUAGAUGAUCAGAGUAAUCAUAGUCUUGCGACGCCGGAUCUUUUCGAUCGACUUGGACUCCAUGGUUCUCAAAAACAGUUCGUAUUGUCGUCAUGUUCUGGUAGCUCUACUAUGGUAGGCAGAUAUGCUAGUGGUAUUCGUAUAUGCUCUAUUGAUGGACAAUCAACGUUUGAUAUGCCAAGAGUUAUAGAAUGUGACUCCAUUCCUAGUGAUUUACAUGAAAUACCGACUCCAGAUGUUGCAAAUGCACACCCGCAUCUACAUAGUAUUGCUCCAUACUUACCUGCAUUAGAUCCAAGUUGUAAAGUUGAACUUUUGAUAGGACGCGACUUACCUGAAGUGCACCAUGUAACGGAACAAAUUAUUGGUGGCAAAGGUGAACCUUUUGCACAAAAACUUCCUUUAGGAUGGGUUGUAAUUGGAGAGGUAUGUCUUGGGAAGGUUCAUGCUCCUUCUGUUAUCAACGUUCGCAAAACUCAUGUGUUAAAUGAUGGACGACACACAACUUUCCCUUUGUGUGAUUUAAAUAUCAAGGUUAACGAUGUCCAAGAUCACAAUUUUGUUCGUACACCGGCAGACAACAAAUUAGGUCCCUCGGUUCAGGACAGACAGUUUCUAGAACUAAUGCAACGUCACUUUCGUAAAGAUGAGAAUUGUCUUUGGUCAGCUCCUUUGCGAUUUAUACAACCGAAACCACAAAUGCCUAACAAUCGUUAUCAAGCAUGGAAAAGAGCUCAGAUUUUAGACUCAAGCUUGCGGAAGGACUCUAAAAAGCUUGAACAUUUUGUUACCUUUAUGUCAAAAGUGAUAAGUAGUGGUGCAGCUGAAGUGGCACCUGACGAGAUUCCAGGAGAAUGCUGGUAUCUUCCUCUUUUUGGGGUGUACCACCCUAAAAAACCAAAUCAAAUACGUGGAGUUUUCGACUCAUCAGCACUGUAUGAAGGAGUAUCUCUUAAUAGUAUUCUAAUGUCCGGACCGGACCUGACUAAUAACCUUGUUGGAGUGCUCAUGCGUUUUAGAAAGAAUAGAAUUGCAAUAACAGGUGACGUUGAACAAAUGUUUUACCAAUUUCAUGUUGAUGAAUAUCAUCGAGAUUAUUUGCGUUUCUUUUGA